AUGAUAACGGUUAUUGGUAUAUGUUUGCCAGAUUUUCAACGAAAACUUUCAACACAAGGCUUCGUGCUUCAUGAUAAAAAUGCAUACCCUGACGUAAUUGUCGUGGCCUUUAGAGGUACGGAAGCCUUUGAUGCGGAUGCAUGGUGUACUGAUUUUGAUAUCUCCUGGUAUGAGUUUCCUGGCAUUGGAAAAAUUCAUGGUGGCUUUAUGAAAGCAUUAGGCUUAAUAAUGCAACAGGGCUGGCCUCGAGAAUUUACACAAGCCGAUGACCGGCCGAUAGCUUACUACACCAUAAGAGAGAAAUUGAGAGAACUUCUGAAACAAAACAAAAAAACAAAAUUUAUAUUGACUGGCCACAGCAUGGGUGGGGCAAUUGCAAUUCUCUUCCCAGCUGUCCUAGCAAUGCAUGAAGAGAGAUGGUUAUUGAAAAGAUUGGAAGGUGUGUAUACGUUUGGUCAGCCUAGGGUUGGAGAUGAGGAAUUCAAGAGUUUUAUGGAUAGUCAGUUGGAAAAGUAUGGAUUUAAGUACUUGAGGUUCGUCUAUUGUAAUGAUGUGAUUCCCAGGUUGCCCACAGAUGAUUCAACAUUUCUCUUCAAGCAUUUUGGUACAUGCGUCUACUUCAAUAGCUGCUAUAAUGGGAAGAUAGUUUCAGAAGAACCACACAAGAAUUAUAUAUCUGUAUGUGCAGCUAUACCAAGGUUUCUAAAUGCAGUAUGGGAGCUAAUGGUAUGGACUCCACUUCCAGGUUUGGCAGCUCACAAUCCACAAGAUUACGUUAAUGUAACCCGAUUGGGACCUGACACUAUAUAUCAUUGUCUUCAUUACCCAAAGCUUAGAAGUGUCUCUAAUUCAGAUGCAACAGAAGAUUGA